AUGAACAGUCCUACUUAUGAUUUGGGUUCGCUGUGCUCGAGCCCGUUGCUUUACGCGGAAGGAGAAGAUUUUCUAGGGCAACCUGUCAACGUAUUCGAAGACGAAGAUAUUAGUUUCGACUUUAUUGACAGUUUUGAAGGAGAUUUUUCGAUAGCUGGGAGCCACACAAAAGAAGUACCGGCGACAGCUUCUGAACAGGAUCAGACUUUGAUAACCGAACGCACGACUUUAGGGGGACGAAAUGAAAUCGAGGGAUUUGAACAUAACAACGACCAUAAAAGAACAAUUAAUGAGGAAUCAUGUGGAAACAAGCAGGUUAUAACAUCUAACAAUAACAACGGUGAUUCAUCGAUUCAAGAUUACAUUUCCGUAUCCGAGUGUUUCGAUGGUGUUACAAACGAAGUCACGAAUGGAAGAACGGAGGCCAUGAGACCCUUGUCUAAAAACGCGGGAGACGGAACACAAUAUAUCCGAGAAAACGAAGACGAAAAUAAUUCGUUAUCACAGACCAAUCAUGAGAUAAGUGGCGAAAAACUUGACAUUCAAGACGAUUACAAAAUCAACACGAGUUUAUCGCCAGUCCAAGACGAAAGCCCUAACGUGAAUAAUUCACAAAAAAUUGCUAGGAGUUAUCCCAGUCAUGAAAAAACAGUAUUCUUGGACAAGAUAAAAUUACCUUCACAACAAGGGCAAAAAACGUCUAAAAGAGAUUUUGAAUCGCAAGUAACAAGUAAUGUAUUGAAGAAGACAAAUGUCAAAAAGGUUUGCAACGAUUCUGAAGCAUUUUGCGUCAAAACGUCUACUUUUAAACGCUGCGUACCUCCAAAAACAUUUUAUUCACCAUUUUGGACACCGGAGAAAAGUACUGCAAGGCAGGAAAGAUCGCUCGAAGACAGUUUAUUAAACGCAGCACAGCGUAAUGUGGACAUUUUGUACUGUUAUAAUUGUACGACAUGCCGGUCCCAGAAACCACACGUAAAAAAAACAAAAAUUGCAGUAAAGACCAACGAGGUGGGCAACAAAUACACUGAUUUUUUGAAACGUAGGACCGUUUUUAGACUGCACGAAAGCUCACUAAAUCAGCGUAACAAAGAUAUUAAUGGCGAGCCAUCUUGCCAUCUUGAUGAUUCUUCUGCAAACAAUGAUAAAUGGACUUCGCUACCAGCAAUUUGCACAUCAAAGCCAAAGACUGCUCAUAACAAACCGAUCGGUGCAAGCACUCUUUCCUUUACUUCGAUAGAGGAACUAAUUAAAAAGUACAAAGGACAUCGUUUCGAUUUAGUUGAACAGCAAAAAAGGUAUAAACUUAAGCCGUUUAAAUAA